AUGCAGCACAGAGAUCUACAUCCAGAUGAGAUUGAAGAGCUGAAGGAGGUUUUUAAGGAGUUGAGGACCAUGGGAUAAAUGCCCACUGAGAUGGGCCUCAUCGAACUCAGCCAGAACAUAGAUGGCGGCAGAGUGGACUUUGAGGACUUUGGGGAGCUGAUGGGUCCCAAGAUGUUGGCGGAGAUGGCAAACAUGAUAGGAGUGAAGGAACUCAGAGAUGCUUUCAAAGAGUUUGACUCCAACGGGGACGGUCAGAUCAGCCUGGCCGAACUGAAGGAGGCCAUGAAGAAGCUGAUGGGGGAGCAGCUCAACAACCCGGAGAUUGACGAGAUCCUCCAAGACGUGGACCUCAACGGGGACGGCCUGGUCGACUUUGAGGAAUUUGUCCGAAUGAUGUCUCGUUGAGUCUCCUGGUGAGAAGACCCUGAUCACAUGACCUGGAGAGUUAACAAAAACAGCAACGCCUCUACUAAGAUGUUAUGGAUCAGUCCUUAAUAUGGACUUUUACAAUGAAUUACAAUAUUGUUGAUACAUAUUUCAUGUUUUUCUUAUG